AUGUCCCAUCAAACUGGAAUACAAGCUAAUAAUGAAUUGAAGAAAUACUUCAGUAAGUGUAGAGAUGGGAAAAUUCGAGUCUUAAAAAUUAGCAUAGAAAAUGAACAACUAACAUUAGCUAAACACUAUCCUGUUAAAAGUACAUUUGAUAGUGAUUUUGAUAAGUAUGUUCCGUCACUGAUAGUUGAAGACUUGCCAUGCUAUAUUUUAUACAGAUUUGAUACAACAAAUUCCCUCGGCUAUGAGUGGCUCCUGUUGAGUUGGUCGCCAGACUCAGCUCCAGUAAGACACAAAAUGUUGUACGCUUCAACGAAAGCAACACUAAAACAGGAAUUUGGAUCGGCCCAUAUAAAGGAUGAAAUGCAUGCCACAAGCAAGGAUGAAGUAUGUCUCAAAGGCUACAAGGCCCAUGUCAGUGGAGUGAAUUCCCCCGCACCACUCACUGAUAGAGAGGAAGCUUUAAAAGAAUUACAGGAAAGUGGACAUGACCCUAACUAUGGAACUGAUGCCAGACAGUCAACAAUGGGAGGGAUAGCAUUCCCAAUAACUGAAUCAACAAAACAGGGUAUUAUUGAUCUCCAACGAGGUUCCUACAACUAUUUACAGUUCAAAAUAGAUAUAGAUGAAGAAAAAAUAUGUUUGUCAAAAGCAGCCGUAAUUAAUGUGUCUGAAUUACCAGCUCAAGUUCCAAGUGACCAGGCGAGAUACCACUUGUUCUUAUUCAAGCAUUCUCAUGAAGGAGACCAUAUAGAGAGCUUUGUGUUCAUAUAUUCAAUGCCAGGAUACAGUUGCAGUAUUAAAGAAAGAAUGAUGUAUUCCAGUUGUAAGGGACAGUUUUUGGAUAUUUUAGAAAAUAUGGGUGUUGCUAUCGCUAAGAGGCUGGAAAUAGAUGAUGGAAAGGAAUUAACUGAAGAGUAUCUAUAUGAUGAAAUUCAUCCAAAAAGAAACUUACAUAGACCAGCCUUCGCCAAACCUAAGGGCCCUCCAAAUAGAGGCGCCAAAAGAAUCACUAAAGCACAGUCCACUCAAUAA